AUGCCACUUCACAGAGAAAUUCUUCAAGAAGUCUGGACUGAAGAAAAGUUUCAAGAUGACACAGAAACAUUGCAGAAGCAGCAACAGAAACCCAAAAAGAAAAAGGCGGAGUCUAUCCCCACAGAAACCAACGGCACUGAGGCCAAACCCAAAAAGGCAAAAAGCAAGAAGAAUGGAGACCUAUCAGAGGAGGGCUCUCCUGCCACACAAAAAAAUGGUGAAAAAGUGAAGAAAAAGAAAGCAGAGAAGGACAAAGAAGUGCCUGAGAAAGAGAAAGCCAAAAAGAAAUCCAAAAGUGCCCCAAAGAAGAAGAAAAGCUCAACUGAGGAUGACGAUGAUGACGAUGAUGAGGAAGAAGAAGAAGAGGCCACUCCUCAGAAAAAGACGAAAAAAAAGUCUCCAAAGGACAGCUCAGAUGCCAAAGAGAAAGAGAAAGAUAAAGACAAAGACAAAGAGAAGAAAUCAAAAUCUAAAGAAGACAAAGAGGACAAAGACAGUAAAGGAAAGUCCAAAACGAAAAAGAAAGAGCCUGCAUCUAUGUUCCAAAUUAAUGGAGACAAGCCUGAGACAAAGAGCAAAAAGAAAGCAGCCAAAUCUGAGAGCGAUGACGACAGUGAGCCAGAAACCAAAUCCAGCAAGACAAAGAAAAAGAGCACGACAAACUCCAACCCUGCCUCCAUGUUUCAGGCAGGAGAACAAAACAAGGAUAAAGACAAAAAGACCAAGAAGAAAAGCCCCACAAAAGCAGAGGAGAGUGACGAUUCAGACUCUGAGGUGACGCAGAAGAAGAAAAAGGGAAAAGGGAAAAAAGGAAAAAAGGAGGAGAGAGCGCCCUCUCCAGUCAUUGAAUUUGACAAUCUGGAGGAGUUUGUACUGCAGCCUGCUAAACAAGGCGUCACGGUAAAGUGCAGAGUGACCAGGGAUAAGAGAGGCAUGGACAGGGGCCUUUACCCGACAUAUUACCUUCAUCUGGACAACGAGAAGAAGGUAUUUCUGCUGGCUGGUCGGAAACGCAAGAAGAGCACAACCUCCAACUAUCUGAUCUCCAUCGACCCCACUGACCUGUCCAGAGGUGGGGAAAACUUCAUAGGCAAGCUAAGAUCAAAUCUAAUGGGGACGAAGUUCACAGUGUUUGACAAUGCACUCCAUCCAGACCGAGCUUUACCAGACAUGUCAAAUGCACGUCAGGAGUUAGCAGCUAUCAUCUAUGAAACCAAUGUCCUGGGGAUGAAGGGGCCUAGAAGAAUGACGGUCAUUAUCCCGGGAAUGAACAAAGACGGUGAUAGAGUCCCAAUACGACCACGCAGCGAGAAUGAUGGCCUACUGAUCAGACACCAAAACAGAAACAUGGAAAAUCUGAUUGAGCUGCGUAACAAAACACCUGUGUGGAAUGAGGAGACGGCAUCCCACGUGCUAAACUUCAAUGGCAGAGUCACGCAAGCAUCCAUCAAGAACUUCCAGAUCGUUCACAACAAAGACCAGGACUACAUCGUGAUGCAGUUUGGAAGAGUAGCUGAUGAUGCCUUCACAUUGGACUAUAACUACCCUCUGUGUGCAGUGCAGGCUUUUGCCAUUGCUCUCUCCAGCUUUGAUGGCAAGAUCGCCUGCGAGUAA